AUGGUUUUUGGGGUAGAAACAGGGAAGUUCUUAGGGUACAUGGUGAAUCACAGCGGAAUUAAGGCAAAUCCGGAUCAAAUCAAACCUAUACAAGAAAUCAAGAUACCGACAAAGGCCAAAGAACUGCAGAAACUAGCCAGAAUGGCAACAGCCUUAAAACGAUACAUCAGCAAGUCAUCAGAUGGGAUGAAGCCUUUCUUUCAACUGUUGAGGAAAAAGGCUGCAUUUGAAUGGGGUCCUGAAUGUACUGGAGCGCUACAGGACCUCAAAAAGUAUCUCAGUACACCACCUUUCUUUUCCACUCCAGAACCAAGGAAAGAGUUAUAUCUAUAUCUGGCUGUCACAAACCAUGCGGGAAGAUUUAGAGGAAAUUUACUUGCCGCUACAGAAAAAUAUGGAAAUCAAGAGAAUCAAGACAACCGGCAUUGGUUUUUGGAGCAUUUGAGUACAACUGUUUCACCAGAACGAAAUAUUACAUUCGUGUCAGAUCGUAACCUUGGAUUAGUUGAAGUUUUGCCAAAGGUUUUCCCAAUGGCUUUCUAUGCUUAUUGUUUAUAUCAUUUGAAGAUGAACUUGAGGUAUCAUUUGCGUGGUAUGUUUCGUGGAUUGAAAGAAAAGCUGAUCACUUUGUUUAGGAAAUGUGCAUAUGCUCCAACUGAAGAAACAUUUCAUCAAUGUUUGGUUGAGUUAAAGACAGAAGGUGGGUCAAGAGUUGAAAAGCUUUCAGAUGACAUACCACAUGAUCAUUAG